UACGAACUGUUUCCCCGCCUCCCUCCCUACCCCUCCCAUUGUCCCCUCCCCCACUUUUUUAGCGACUAUUUGAGGUCGCUUCGGCCUUCUUUCCGGAAUCAGGCUGCAACCCCUAACAUCUAGCAGACUUUCCGGGUUUGGCGGUUGGGCCUUCCUCCUUGCCUCCUGAGGUGGAAAAUUUCCACGUGUUGGUCUACUGUCCUUGACCAAAGAUGCAUCCUGACUUAUCUCCACACCUGCACACUGAGGAAUGUAACACUUUAAUUAACCUAUUAAAAGAAUGCCACAAAAAGCACAGUGUUCUGAAAUUUUUUGGUCACUGUAAUGAUCUUGAUCGUGAGAUGCGGAAAUGCCUAAAAAAAGAGUAUGCAGAAAGGAGAGCCAAAAGCAGAGAAUUUGGAGAAGCUAAGCGACGGAAAUUUUCUAACAUUUCAGAAGAGUCAGAGAAUUGAGUUCUGCUUUCACUGCACAUCUUGACUGAUGAAUGAAUAUCUGGACAUUUAGCUAGUAGCUGGAUGUUUGAAUCAAUAGUUCUUAAAUAGUGACCCCUUUUAUUAGCUACAGAGAAAUUUAGACAAUGGUAGUAUAAGAUUCUUGUGGUUACAAAACUACAAGAUUGAACCUUCCUGGCCAUCAACAAAACAUCAACAUUUGAAUAAUGGCUAUUUUUUUAUUGCCUAAGAAAAUCAUUUUUCCUUAGGUUUUCUAACCUUGAGAGGGGUAAAGAGAGGUGAAGGAAAGAUAUUGUUUAUCAGCCUUCCCUUCAAUGCAGCAUAAAAAAUAUUUCACUUCAGUACCUAAAAGUGUCAGUGUUCCAUUUAUAAGACCUCAGCCAUCUUCCACACCUUAGUAAAUAGUCUUCAUGAGUUGUGGCUGAAAAAAAUACUUUUUUAAAAACUAGUAGAAUAAGCUGAGCCACAGAGAGUCCUGAGAAUCUUUGGAUGAAGAUAAAAAUGUUUUGUCUUAUCUGUACAUUUUUCUCAUGAUUAAAAAUUUGUAAUACAAA